GUCCUCCGUCCAGUACGCACGCCCGCCCGCCCGCCUGCACCAAGGUCCAGCUUUACCCCAGUGAUCCCGCAAGAAUGGCAGACGUUUCCACAAUAAUAACGGUCAUGUUAGUGGCAACUGUUGCCAAUUCACUCGUGGCCAAUAAACUCUCCACAGAAAGUGGCGCGUCUGAUGAAGCAGUGUUGCAAGUGGAACUUAGUCUCGACGACCAUUCUGUUGUGCAACCAAACUCUUCCCCUAAAAAUCGUGUGGGUCUCCAUUUUGUCACUAGGGAUAAUAUAUCAUUAGUCAUGGAAUGUAUCAAUGCCAUGAACUCUGCUAAAAAAAGGGAACUCUUUUCAUCCCAGGAGCAAAAAGUUUUGCUUUCUUGCCAAACUAAAAAUAGUUUCGCUCAUUUGCGCUCCCGACGAGGAGCGCCGGACUCUGCCGAGUCUGCUUCUUCAAACGGAACAGACUCGGAGUGGAAAUCGCGAGAUGAAACAGACCGGGAACCGCAAAUAAACAACGCAAAGAGAGUUGAAGCAGAUGAACCGACACAUUCUAUCCCGGAGUCCCCGAACACCCCAUCAACGUUCAAAGCGCCAUCAUCUCUUCACCCACCCAGGCGUCCCCAAGGCCCACCUGUCGCACCGUCUACUCUUCAGCACACCCGACUGGCCGCGGCUCGAAGUGCCGCUCCCGGAGACCUCAACGUGGACAAUAAUGGAAACAACGAAGCCGCAACCUUCGUCGGAGGAGCAGCAGAAGCGUCGAGGAACUCUCCAGUAGUGUUGCCUCUUGCUCCACGACUCCGGCAGUCUAGUAGCACCAGUGAAAGCACCGUAUACGCCAGAGAACACGGUGGGCACUCACACGGGUACAAGGCCCAAUCAUAUCACAAGGGCCCGAGUUACUACCCAGCACCUUAUAAAGGGCCGGCCUACAGUCCCUAUGACUUUCAGCCCAAAGGCUAUGCCAAGUUUAACAAGAAGGUCAAGUAUGGCGACGACCCCGUGAAGGAGUCGCAGAAAGCCAAGUACCAUGUGGGGUAUGAAGACCAACCUCAGUCCUACUUUGGUGGGUUUGGUGGUGGAGGCACGGUAGGGUAUAGUGGUGGGGGUGGUUAUGGUGGUGGUCAUGGUGGUGGUGGCCAUGGUGGGGGUGGUCAUGGUGGAGGGCAUGGAGGCAGCGGCUAUGGCAGCGGUCAUGACAGUGGAGGAUAUGGCAGUAACCACAAUAGUGGUGGUGACCAUGGUAGUGGUGGUGGCAGCUACGGUGGUGACCAUGGUGGUGGUCACGGUGGUGGCAGCAGUUAUGGAGGUGAUCAUGGUGGUGGUGGAGGUGAUCAUGGUGGCGGCUAUGGAAAGGUGAACCCCGAACAAAGCGCCCAGUAUUACACAUCAGAUUACAAGGCGGCCAAUACAGACUACAAGGCGGCCAGUUCAGACUACAAAACACCAACAUAUGGCUACACAGAAAACUCCCCAGCUUACGGCCAAAAUAUCCCGGCGCCAGAUUCCAAUGCCCCAUCACCUACAUACGAUACCUUUGCACAAUUCCACGGAACUCAAACACAAAGUUACGAGGCUGCAGCGCCAACUUAUGCAGGUCAAACAACAAGUUACGAAGCUCCGACGCCCAGUUACGAAGAACUUAAACCAGGUUACGAAACUCCAACAUCAAGCUAUAAUGCUCAGAAUUCGAAAUAUGAAGCUCCGAACGCAAACUACGAAACUCCGAAUCCAAGCUACAUUGCCCCCGCAAUAAAUUACAAAGGUUACCUGUCACCUCCCACUGAAUUCAAGCCCUCAGGACCCCAGAUUCAGUACGAAAUUCUUGAUGACCCGUUCAACACGUACAAUACAAAGACAGACGCAAGUUUGCUGAAAGGCAGCUCGUACAACAGACGCACAUCUGAAGCAGCCCGCUACACUAACUUGCCUAGGGAGUCGAGCGAUAACGUUGGUGAUUUUGGAAAAACAGAGGCGACUUUAGCCUUUGACGUCCCUGCCACUUAUCCCACAGACCAACGCACAACAGGCCCAACCCCCUUUGGCAAUUUAUUUGCAGGCUUCGAUGAAGUUUUUGAAGAUAGGCUGCGCUCAGACACACCGCAAGGAACCUCUUAAAUUGUCACAUAUUUCAAGCGUCUGAGAUAGAAACGUGUUUACCUAAUUGCCAGAUAAAACUUUCAUUUGAAAUACAAGCCCACAUGAAGAAAGAGUUAAGGGGGGUAGAAAUAGUCUAAGCUACUCUAUCCCUUUGAGAUGUAUUUCUUUAUCUCAAUAAACAUACUUGAACUUGAACUUGAAGAAAGAGUUUAUUGCCGUUGUGUCAAGUCACUUGGCUUAGUGGUGAUGCUGGUUUAUUAGGAUUUAUAUACAAGACCUAAUGUUUUUCAUUUUUAUUAAAUCUAUUUUACUGUAGUCAAAGGCGGAUGCUUUACCAGAGACAUGAUAAAUGUAAUUUCUAAAGCCAUAUUCAAUUUUGCAACCAAUAAAGAAUGCAAAUAAAUGAAUCAUUUGCAGUGGGAUAUAUAAAGGAUGGCCAUGCAGUGAACGUGUUUUAAUGCAUGUAUCGAGAUGUGUUACAAAAUAAUUUCCCUUUGUGAGGGUGCUACACAGGUUUACAAAUUGUGUAAACCCCACAUUAAUAGUUUCCCUAGACACUACAACCUAAUAAACCGGAUUUAGGGGGAACAGUUCUUUCCUUGCAUAACUCAACUUGGAUCUAGUCACGUACUCCCCUAAUUGUGCUUGCAGGGGGUUGAGCUCCGGCUCUUUGGUCCCGCCUCUCAACUGUCUAGGAGGUCGUGUGGUGGUGGUGGUGGGCUGUGGCUGGUCCCUGGCUCACUCAUCCGGUGCAUGCAUGCAUAUUAAUGUUUUAAACCCGUUUUAUACUUCGUUUAGUAAUAUUUUAUUGAUCCCAGCAGGGAAACAUAUUUGACUGACGCUGAAUCAAUGUUGAUUCAUCAUUUUAUCUCCCCAUUUGCCCGGAGGGGGAUGAUUGACACCGCUGUUCAUCUGAACAUCUUAUCAAAAUACGACCACUUGGCUAAGCCAGAAAAAAUUGUAAUUUUUAUAAGCUACUGAAAAACUGUGAGACACUGUUAGACACUCAAAUACAAUAUUAGCUUUUAAUGUAUGUGUGGUGGUUAAUAAUUCUGUUAUCGGUGUUUUAUCUUUUCUCGUACUCCAUAUAAUUAACAUUUUGUGAUGUGUGUAUUUUACAAAUAAAAAUGUAUUUGUUUACA